AUGUCCAGCGAGUCACAACCGACAGCAGAGGUCACUGGCCCAACAGCAUUCUGGAUCCUCGCCUCUCUAGCAUCAGCAGCAGCAGCACAACCGUCUGGCAAUCGAAAAAGAGACAAUGACCUCUUCGGAGGCAAUGUCGAUAUAGUUCGCUCUAUCCCCGCCGUCUGUCUCAUCGAUUCAAUCUUUGACUUGUUUGUACUGGCCGGAGGUAUUUCGAGAUUUUUGUCGUCACACAAUUCGACUCAACAGACUCGUCGCAACUCACCAAAAGCCACUGGCCUGGUCAUCAGAUUAGCCUUGACAAUAUUUACCGUCCUGCCACAGACCAUCAAAGUCUUUAGUCUCCAGGGCGUACCUGCGACGCAAAUUUGUGCUUUUAUUUUCUUCUUUGCCAAUAUUACCAAGCUCCUGGUAUCCAUUUGUGGAUGGGAGCCAGAAGGGAUCCUCCAAGAGAAGGAUGAUUCAACUUCAAUUGAUGUCUUAUUGUCGUCAGUACUCCAAGCGCCAUUCGAGUUUUGGAUAUGGUUUAAUAUCAGCCGACAAGCCUCUUUCAAACUUUCCACGGCGCUAGAAAAUCUUUGCGAAUGGGCCGCGAUGGUUGUUACCUUCUCCAUGGUAUUGCAGGUCGUCAUAUGGAUUGCGUAUCUGGUCGCGCGACGACGCCUAGACCUCUCGAGAUCACUCUAUAUAGUACCGAUGCGAGGUUUUUACUUGGUCAUGGUGGUCCUUGGGCUUGCAAGACAGCCUUCUGCGAGGAAUCCAUCGCAAGCGACGAUCAAGCCGCCACCGAGGUGGAUGGACGUAUUCAAUUUUAGUUCGGGCUUAAUCAUCUGUACCGCCAUUGUCAGCAUAGCUAUCGCCAAGCUGUUGGAAUCGAUCGGAACUCUUUUAGCACUUUUGUUGUCUCGUGAUAGCUCGGAAGACGAACAGAGCGGGCAAUCGGAGGUGCAAUCCACCUCGGGUGAAGAUACCGCUGAAGAGCAGGACGAGACCAGGGAACAGAUGUUUGCGGGUCAUCCUGGAGCAUGGCUGGGAAGGAUAGGCGUUGCUCCGGAUCAAUUGGUUGUGCGGGGCCUCACGUUGAACACGACAGCCAGCACGAGCAUUACGCUGACACUGUUCAACCUUAUCACUACUGUCUUCUACUAUCUCGUGUACUUUGAUGGGACUGGGACAGAAAAUCCCAGUUGGACAAGUGUCUUAGGGUAGUGGCUGAUAGGAGCACAACCUUUGCCUAUUUUAUAUCAAGCUCUGGGUCAGGAAUGUUAAGGAUAGGACCAAACGGUAUUACGAUACGUAAAUGAAACAAUGACA